UACAAAAAAUCGGAGAAACAAACUGCGAUGAUAAUUCAACAUAUCACAUUGAACUGAAAUCCACGAAAAGUUUAAUAUUUUUUGGUGUGCCAUUACGAGAUUUGACACGAAACUGUCAAAUUCCAGGGGAAUAUUUCGAAAAUGGCCUAUAAUUUUCCUGGAAUGCCUGCUAUGACACCAAUGGGAAUGGGUCCGAUGGGUCCGCUUGGUCCCCUGGCCAGUCACCAAGGAUUCAUGGAAUUGGCUAGUCAGGGUUUUCCACCCUUGCCACCCCCUCUGCCAUUGCCAGGUAUGAACGAUUCUCCCCUGGAAUUCAGUACAAAUAAAAAUCAGCCACCAGCAGUUCGUGAGAGUACAGAGGAUCCAGUGGAUCGUAGAUGUGAUAAAAAUCCAGUGAGAAGAGAUCGUGAGGCACGUGAUACCCGAGACAAUGGUCGAAGAUCUAGGGGUGAGAGGAAUGAUAGAAAGGAGAGAGAUAGAGAUCGAGAGAGAAGAGAAGAGAGAAAUGAUCGAGAGAGGCGAGUCGAUGACAGAAGAAUCGAAGAGAGAGCAAGUUCAGCGAAUAGUAAUCACAACAGCAAUGAUUUAGCACCAAUAACACCAACAGUUACCACUAGUACUGCCAAUGUAUCGCAGAUUGAUCAGACAUCUGGGGUGUGGGGUAUGGGAAUGGAUUAUUCAAUUAUGGGAAUGAAUCCCAUGGGUGCGAUGGGACCAAUGAUAGGAGAAAUGGCUCUACCCCAUAUGGGACAUGGAUAUGGACCCAUGGGCAUUGGAAUGAUGCAUCACGAAGGUGCCAUUCUGGGCCCAUCAAUUAUAUCACCUGAAUCUAUUGUCACUGAUAUUGCUGCCCAAAUAAUGGGCAGUGGAAUUCCACCGCCUCCAUCUGCACCUCAGACUACCAAAGAGAUAGUUCAUCUCAAAAGUUGUACCCUCAUCCCUCCUAAUCCUAAUGCACCACCACCCACCACCAGAGAACGACCGCCAGGAUGUAGAACUAUUUUUGUUGGAGGAUUGCCUGAAAAUAUUACUGAGGCAAUGAUCCAGGAGAUAUUCGAAAGAUGCGGAGAGAUCACAACCCUUCGGUUAUCCAAGAAAAAUUUCUGUCACAUAAGAUUUGGAGCUGAGUCUAGUGUGGAUUCUGCAAUUUUUCUUUCUGGGUACAGAGUUAGGAUUGGGUCAGGAGUCGAGGCUGCUAAUACUGGAAGACUCUAUGUCGAUUAUGCCCAUAUCUACGCGAGAGAUGAUCAGUACGAGUGGGAGUGCAAGCAGAGGCAAUUGCAGCGUAUGCAAAGGCACAGAGAGCAAGUCGAGGAGGAACGACAAAGAAUGCAAUCUAGUCCACCACCUGUUGUCCAUUAUACUGAUUAUGAAGCUUCCAAUAUCUGUGAAAAAAUUAAACAAGACGAUACGUUCAUGAAAGCUGUCCAGAUCGUGGUUACAUGGUUGGAACGUGGAGACUGUACGAAACGCAACGCAAAUACAUUCUACUCGAUGAUUCAAUCCACAAAUUCCCACGUUCGUAGGCUUUUAACAGAGAGGGCAUCCUACGAGGAAGAACUCCAGAGAGCAAAAGAGCUAAUGAAAGGUCGGAUGCAAGGACUCCUCAUACAAUUUGGUCAGAUCGAACGUGUGUUUACGGCCGCCAGUCACAAGAAGGUUUGGGAUCACUUCACCAAGGCACAGAGGAAAAACAUCGAGAUGUGGAAGAAACAGUCUUCGGAGAUCAAGACUGUUCAGCUGGAGGAGGCGCUGAUGGAGGGUGAGGGUGAGAUGGAGGUCUCGGAUUCCGAGGACGAGCCUUUGAGGAAGAGAUCGAGAAUUCAGCUGGACCUGGACGACACUGCUAAGGUCCAGGUACUCAAGGAAGAGGCUGACAGCUUGAGGUGUCAAUUGGAGGCUUAUAAAAAUGAGGUGGAUUUAUUGAAGUCUGAGACGAAAGUGGAAAUCGAUUCUAAAGAGAAACAGAUGAAAAUGCUUCAACAGACUCUCAAGGGAAUGCAAGAGCAGUUGAUGCAGUCGAGGAAACAGCAUUCCCUGGAUGAUCAGAAGAUCAGAGACUUGACAGCCAAGUUGAAUGGUAUGAAGAAUAAGGAGUCAUCUGAGAGUGAAGUCAUUACGUUGGAUAAAGAUGAUGAUAUCAAUGAGGAGCCGAGAACUCCAAAACCCAUUGCAUCGGUGCCAGGAUGUAUUCAAGUCACUCAGAAAGAUGCUAAAUUAAUUGGUUUGAUGGCAACAUUUCUACAUAUCCAUCCCUUUGGAGCAUCUGUCGAUUACGUGUGGUCUUAUCUACAGAAAAUGGAGCCAGGCAUAAGACCGAAUGAAGUCGAAGGGCUGAUGCAACGUUUUCCUCAAGUAUUCAAACAAGAAUUAUCAGGAAUUGGAGCAAAUAUGGAGAGACGGUGGCAAUUCUCUGGUUUCAAUAUUCGUCAGCAUCACUGACGGACUAAUCAGGGGAGACUCCUAGGAUGAAUGAUCAUUUAUAUCUGACGCUUAGGGAAAAGAAAGAACGCUUUUAUCACGAUUUUGCCAUAUUAGCAAUAUUUUUUCGUAGUCACUCGAUUAUUAGAUGCAUAUUUGAUACACAAAGUGCAAUAUUUGAGUGGAUUUGAUAAGUAAAUCGAUUGGUAAUGAGUAAUUAGUAGAGUGGAGUCAAACGAUGAUCAUGUGUUCAAGGCAUAUUGUGGAAUGCUCGCACGUUUGUUUAAAUGAAAUUAAACAAAAAAAUAGGAAUAAAUCAUUGAAAUUCGGGAAUUUGUCUCGUACAUUUCAUCGUCGGCGUAAAAUUACAAAACGCAAGUGGAUCGCUCUUUGAAAAAUCGAAGGGGCGUAUGUUCAACAUAAUUUUUGUCUUGUUUAACAAGUCUGUAAUAAAUUGAAGAUAAAAGGAAUGAUAAAUAAUGAAUGAACAUUUUUCAACGAAUUCAAUUCUGAAUCGUGGACGAUCUAUUUUCAGGAAAAAAAACAUGCGCCCCUCGGAUAUUAUCUUAUCAUUUCGGUUUUACAAAAUAUUUUUCCUCAGCUUCUGCAUAUCUAAUUUUACGGAAGAAUAUACAAACAUUCAAUAGAAAAUUUAAUAACAACUGAGAGGGAAAAAUAUUCUUGUUAAUUAUUAAUGCAAAAAGGUGGAGAUUUUUUUGGUAAAUAGAGAAGAAUAAAUCGAAUCUUUUGUCUGUCAGACCGACAGUUGUGAGUGAUUCCUCAGUUUUAUGCAGGCAAAUUUUAAUUGGUGAUUGAUGUAUUGACAAAAGGUAAUUAAUCAAUUAACAAUUAAAAUUGUCAGAUAAAUGCGCAGGAUUCGUUAAUAAUAGGGGAGUUGGGGAGAAUAUGGACACUCCGAUUCGAUUAAUUAUUUCGGAAUUAAUUGAAUUGAAUUAAUCAGUUUAAAUUCAUUAUUCCAUAUUUAUUUCACACAAUUACCAGAAUUUCUGAUUGUCUCAUCUUUUUAAUUCCCUAAAAAUUUCCUCUUGCAAAAAUUCUGGACUUAAUGAGAACCCCUUGGGGUGUCCAUAUCACCCAAGACUCUCAACUAAUUAUAGUAAUCCCAGUGAUAUUGUCAAAGCCCCAUAAAUAAUUAUUAAUAAAAAUCGACCAACUUCGA